GCUGGGGACUUUAGGCCGAUCUCGUCGUGCGCAUGCUCCGAAUCUCGGCGCUGCUUCCACGCCUGGCGCGGGGCAUCAUGCCUGGCCCAAAGCGCCCGCGCCCGACCCGCAUUGGCACCCACAGGGGCACCUUCCACUGCGACGAGGCGCUCGCUUGCUUCCUCUUGCGCCUGCUUCCUGCUUACCAGGAUGCAGAGAUUGUCCGGACACGGGAUUCCCAGCUGCUGUUGGAGUGUGAUGUGGUGGUGGACGUUGGGGGUGAAUAUGACCCACAGAAACACCGUUAUGAUCAUCACCAGAGGUCGUUUGGAGAGUCGAUGCACAGCCUGAACGUGGAUAAACCUUGGCAGACCAAGCUGAGCAGUGCAGGGCUAGUGUAUUUCCAUUUUGGCUCCCAGAUUCUGGCUAAUCGAUUGGGCCUGAAGGAAGAAGAUCCUAUCGUACGUGUCCUCCAUGACAAGUUGUAUGAAAAUUUUGUGGAGGAGAUUGAUGCUAUCGACAACGGCAUCUCUCAGUGGGAUGGGGAGCCUCGCUAUGCCAUGACCACCAAUGUGAGCGCCAGGAAUGACAAAGCUGGAAUGACAAAGACCAAGAUACUGAGGUAAGAAGGGGAAAGUGUGUGUC